CAAAUUGUACGCCUCGCCUUAAAGCAGAAGCUACAUAAUCCGCAUUUAAAUACGACAAUUCGAGUAACAAUAGUUAGAGAUCCUUGAGAAUGGUGCUUGUACUAUAUGGAACGGAAGGAAGUUCUCCAGUUCGCGCUGUUCUACUGACCCUGCGUGCUCUGGAACUGGAGCAUGAGUUCCGGGAAAUAGAUCUGACGGCGGGAGAUCAGCUGAAACCCGAUUAUGUGAGCAAGAAUCCGCAGCAUACGGUGCCCACGUUGCAGGAUGGAGAUGCAUACAUCUGUGACUCGCAUGCGAUAAUGGGUUAUCUGGUGCAGAAGUAUGCCAAGGAUGAUGCACUGUAUCCCCGGGAGCCGCUACAGCGUGCCAUUGUCGAUCAGCGUCUGCACUUUGAGACGGGUGUACUCUCCAUUCGUUACAAGCAACUCAAGCGUCUACUCUUCCAGGAGAAAGUCACGGAGUUGCCCGUGGAGAGUCUGCAUGAGACGUACGCUCUGCUGGAACUCUUUUUAGAUGGACAUGAGUACAUGGCCGGUGAGCAGUUGACCAUUGCCGACUUCAGCAUUGUCACCAGUGUGAGCACAGCUCAUCUGAGCUUUGCCCCCGUCGAUGCAACAAAAUAUCCCAAUUUGAGUGCCUGGUUGGCUCGUAUCUCGAUGUUGCCAUAUUACGAGCAGGCCAAUUUAAACGGAGCUCGUCGCAUGGCGGAACUUGUGCGUGCCAAGCUGCCCAAACAGUUCGACAAGCUCUGGCAGAAGGCAUUCGAGGAUAUCAAAAGCGGUGCGGGCAAAAUGUAAAGUAAUGAGCCCAAUUAUCCUUGGUUUUUGAAUUUCAAUAAAGCUCAUGUACGAGUAUUUGCCUGUCUGGCUGCAAGCAACCCAA